UUGAGCCAUGAGUACAGUCUAACCAAGAGUGCAUUGCUACAAUCCUAAUGAGGAUCAUGCACUUACAAUGCUGCCGUUAAAUAUAUUCUUGUAAUACUGAUCAAAAUGGGUCAUAUGCUUUCAAUUUGGAUGAUAUUUUCUCUUUUGGCUCUCUCCACAUGGAAAACAGCUACAUAUGAAGGAGAAUCCUUAUCUCCAUCUGGCUAUCAACUCUGUAUUUACAACGAGACCCGCACUGUGAGUUCCUUGGUGUUACGAAAGGUUCCGUAUACUGUAACCAAGAGUUGCGGUGGCUGGCUCUUUUGGACGCCAUGUCCAGUGACGCUUUUCAAACUAGUUCAUCAGACAGAGUACAGGAUCCUGGUGGAGCAGGUGACCAGAUGUUGCCAUGGUUACGUCCAAGUGGGAAGCUACUGUGCCCUGUCUUUAAAUGGGAGUGAAGAGUUGAUGGCCAAACCUGGAUGGUGCCCAACCACAGAUAGAUCUAAUUCCAGUGUUGAUGACUGCAAGUGGGACAUUGAUUGUCCGGAUUGGCAAAAGUGCUGUGAGAGCUCGGGUUACUUUCUCUGCAAUAACCUUACAAGCUCAGCUAAUUACACAGAAAAUCCGAGGCACUCUUUCAACGCGACAGUGACAGUAAAGACAGAUUAUCAACAAUUGAUGAACAACGGAGGUCUUUUCAACCACACAAGAUUACUUCAAGCAAUGGUAACUGGAACGUUGGAGUCAGUUGAUUUUUCAGUUUAUUACCUCGGCUCAUGGCCUGUGCAUCCGUAUCGAACGGCCACCUCGCUGCUGAUCGACUGCAGCUUUGCUCUUUCACCUCACGUGGUCACGUCAAAACUGCAUUUCCUCCUGAAACACAUACAAGAGGUGUCAGCUGUGACAGUAGAAGAUGUCAAUGAAUGUGCACAUCCGGCUCUCCAUCACUGCUCUCCGCUAGCUCAAUGUAGCAACACGGUGGGCUCCUACCACUGCACCUGCCAAGCAGGAUAUGUUGAUGUUGACCCUAGCAAUCCCGGAACUCAUUGUGCAGUGGCAAAUGACAUCACCACGCAAGGCACCACAGAGUCCAUGCAGUGUUGCCCUCUACCAAUCAAUAUAACCUCACCUCCGACUGCAGACGACAACACGGUGAUUAGUUUCAACGUCACAGAAAACAACGCAACUUGGAUCACGAGCACUGCAAUAUACGUAUCUACAACUGAUGAGCUGCCUUUGACAACAACCACAAGUUCCUCCUCCCCUGGCAUCAGCAGAUUACAGGCUGCCAACAUCACUGGCACUUCUUUUUGUGUGUACUGGUCCAGCCUAAUCCCAGCAAACCAGACUUACUUGGUGGGUCUUAGUGAGGGCUCAGAUGUUAUUAGUACGUGGACAACUGAGCAGACCAUGAUGGAAGUGAGGGAACUGCAGCCGGGGGUGCUCUACAAUGUCACUGUUAAGAUCCAAACAAAUGAAAGCCAUGGAGAUAUUCUUUAUAUAGCAGUCAAAACUGAUGCUCAAACUCUGGGUGCAACCACGCGACUUACCAACAUCCCGUUCACCGAUGACCUAUACAACAGAAGCAGUCAGGCCUAUAAAAAUGUUACAGCGGGAAUUUUAGAUGAGAUCUACUUUUCUCUGGCCCAAGAUACAAAGACCAUGCUGAAUUCGGGUCAGGUGAGAAUCGAGAUCAUAAAACUUUCCCCCGGCAGUGUGGUGGUCGACUUCAUCCUGAUCUUCAGCCCUGGUCAAGAACAAGACAUCAGAAACACAUCCACAGCAAUACUCUACUCAUUGAGGAACAGCUCUAUAUACACAAUGGAUGAAAAUAAUACAAGCAUCAGUGAUUUUGAUGAAUGUGUUCCGGGGGAAAAUGAUUGUUCCCAAUGGGCUACAUGUACAAAUACCUGGGGUUCCUUCACAUGCUCAUGUCGAGAUGGAUUUAUGGACACAGAACCACAAAGGCCUGGGAGAUCCUGUCAAGCUACCAUGGAGACCACAACGUUGCAAUCAACGCCUGUUACAUCCUCAGUCAGCACUUUACCUCAAAUAACAACACCAUCAUAUCCACCUUCAACAAUCACCUCUGAGGAAAUAGCCACCGCUCGCCGAAUGGCGUCCCCGAUGACUGCCACCGUGGUCACCUCUGCAGUACCAAGUACCAUCACUAUGCCGACAACCAGCAGGAAUGAAGCCGCGACCAUGUCUAUCGUAACUGCCACCAUGGUACCACCAUCCACCUCUAUGGCACCAACAACCAUCACCAUGGUACCAACAACCGCUUCCACCAUGGUACCACUACCACCAACCACCUCUAUGGCACCAACAACCAUCACCAUGGUACCAACAACCGCUUCCACCAUGGUACCACUACCACCAACCACCUCUAUGGCACCAACAACCAUCACCAUGGUACCAACAACCGCUUCCACCAUACCAACAACCACAAUUGCAUCUGGAUUCAUUGCACCGAGUACAUCCACUUCAGUUGAAGUUGCAGAGACAAUCUCCACGAUACCAACAAACACAUUUGAACAUACAACCGGCAUCAUAACAACCACUCAAGCAGCGAGGACUGAACCCACUUCCCCGAAUAAAUACUUAACUUCUUCACCAUCCCAUAGAAUAUAUUCACUUCUGAGUGAUAUUUCAGUUGAGUGCACAAUUACAGGCAUCACAGUUACAAUUGCUAGACAGUUUCUAGUCGAUAACAACAUCAGGGAAGUCACUCUGUACCUGGGCCAUCGGGAAUGCGGCGUCACUACCUUCAAUGCGAGCCAUGCCCGGCUGAUCGUAAGCUGGAAUGAGUGCAUCACAAUUUCUGCACAAAAUGAAUCCUAUUACAUGGCUUCGGUAACACUGUUCAACACCAUGGAAACAUACACGUCAGUUAAUGGAACACUGGAGGCACCCAAAUUGCUCCUGGAGGUUCCCAUAAUAUGUACCUAUAUGAGGAGCAUGCUCACGUCUGCUGAUAUUGGCUCCAUGGGGUAUGAAUUAAUCCAAGAUGUGAUCACAAGCUCUGGAAUGUUCCAGGUGACAGUACAGUUGCUGAAUGGAACAUUUCCUCUACCUUACAACUACAGCUUGUCUCCAGAGGAGGCUGUUGUGGUACAAGUGAGCAUGAAUACCUCAGCAGAAGAAAUCAAAGUAGUGAUUUACGCUUGCUGGGCGACGCCCACCCAAAAUCCGCUGGAUAACAAACGUUUUAUCUUUCUGGACAACAGAUGUGCCCUCAACUUGUACACUGACGUGUUGAUGAACGGGAACUCCAGCACGUCUCGAGUGUCUGUGCAGAUAUUCUCUUUUGUCGAUGUCAAUUUGAUUUAUCUGCACUGUCACGUUCAGAUCUGUUUGCAGAUUGGAUCUGAUACCUGCGUGCCGGAUUGUUUGCAAAGAACACCUUGGUCUUCCAACACUAUUGGAAGAGCGUUUGGUUCAACUGGACCUUUGCUUAUGUCUGAGGAAGUGGCCCCGGAGACUGAAAGCGACAAACUCCAACUGAUUGGACUGUCCUUCCUCGGAGUAGUUGUAAUUCUCUUCUUCGUCAUCGGUUCUGCUUGUCUCUUCUACUAUCAAAGAAACCGCAUCGGACAUUAUAAUUUUAAUGCUAAAUCCGAGCCGCUGAACAUCACCAAUAUUGAGGUUCACGCUUAAGUCUCACAUCGUUUACAUUAAUAAUUUCGUUUUCCCUGUUAACUUUAUUUAACUUGUAAAGCUUUGCACAAUGACAUAUUUAUUUCCUAAUCAGUCUUUUUAGACAUUGACAUGUCAAUAUUAAGAAACAUUGACAUGGAAAAAGGUCAAUUAAGGGAAGUCAAAUAUAGAGAAUUACCAUAAAUGCACAUUUGAUAUUUAAUUUGAAAAAUUAUCAAUGCAGAAAUAUUAUUUUAUAGUCACUGGUGUCCAACUCAAUCAAUUACUUUAAGUCAGUUUCACUGUUUACAAUGUGGAUCAAUUUAUUUAGGCUGUGUAGAAUAAUAACAUUUAUCUACGCUUUUUAAUGUUGAUCAACUUACUGUUAGAAUGUUUUUAUCAAUCAUAUCUGUCAUUCUGUUUUCAUUUACGUCCAUCAAUCAUUGGCUGAUUACAUUUGCAUAUACUAUGUUUCAACAAUAAGUUUUUAUCUGCUUAAAAAUGUCAUGCGACAAAAGACACAUUACAAAGCAAUACUUCAAUCUGCAA